AAUGAAUAAUGGUGACCCCUUAAUUGGACGUGAAAUUUAAACCCGAAUAGGCGAUCCAUAACAUGAACCCGUAGCCACAUGGAGUGGCAAAAAGUUAGUUAGGCCUGAUGACGUGGCAUUUCCAUAUCCCCAGCAUACAAAAUACACAUUAUCCACAGCAAAAGAAAAAAGAAAAAUCAAAAUCCAAAUGACAAGCAGAAUGCGAAGUUACAGAGAUGACAACUGCGACUGCUUCCGCUCUACCAUCCGUUUCCCUUAAUCCCUCCAUCGCCACCGCCACUCUCCGCUCCGGCACCAACCAUGUCUCCCUCUCCACCCUCCGCCGCCGUCUUUACCCAGUACGAGUAGCAAAUGACUCGAAAACAACGGAGGUAUCUCCCCGAUCUUAUAAUCGGAAAAUCAGAAGCUGAUAAGAUCGUGGACGGGAUUGACUUCGGUGAGCUCUGUAAUGAAUUCGAAUGCAUUAGCAGUCCGGCUGUUGAAGCCACCGCUAGACAACUUGUACGUGACAUCUUAGAACUCCGGGAUGGCAAUCGUGCUCUAGGAACAUAUGCUGUUUCAGUCAAAUACAAGGAUCCAGUCAGAAGUUUUACCGGUCGUGAGAAGUACAAAGAGACCACUAUGGUCGAUCAAUGCACUAGAUAACCCUACUGUGAGUGUGCAGGAGAUGUCGAUGUUGUCUACAAGUGUAUUGAGUAUAAAAUGGACACUGAAAGGAAACCCUAAAAAUGUUGUAGCUGGUGUAGGAGGACCUGUGAUUCUAAAAGUCAACUCUCGGUUUACAUUGAAUCAGAUUAGUGGUCAAGUUAUUGAACACGAAGAGAUUUGGGAUUUAUCUUCAUCAUCAACAAUUGUUCAAGCAUAUUUCUGGGCUUCACGUCGUUUGUUUUCUGUAGUUCAAUCUACAAAAGAUUUUUCUGAUUCUGUCAAGAACUUGUCCAGCCGCUUUUCAUCAAAGAAAGAAAAUUUGGAGAUUUAUCCAGAUCCCUCUGGUGAUCCAUUGAAGUUUUUCCAAAGUGAAGAUGAGUUUCAAAGAGACGCAUACCAACUGGCAUUGUUUCUUGCACUUCUGUACUUCCUCGUGCAGUUUUUGAGGACAACUUUGUAAAAUCACUGUAAGUGAAAUAUAAACUGUGUAAAUGUAGUUACAUAUACGUUAUAUUUUCCAUAUAUAUAGAAAUUUUCUGCAAGAAUCCCUUUACGUUGUAUCAAACUUUGAUUGUUGAUCAAUAAUUUCCGUCUGUAUAAAAAAGUUCAACUUCUAACGUCAUAUUCACAUAUAUGUAACAUAUAAAAAUCAAGACAUGAAGAAUAAUGAUGUCAUAAAAUUACAAUACAAAAAUCAUACCAUGUACUUUUGAAUCAAUGUUAAGGCUUAUGGUAUAAGUUCAUAUAUGUGAGAGCUAUCGGUGAGUCCAUUUAAAAUGUAAACGUGUUUUUUUAUUUAAUUAAAAGUUUAUAAUAUAAACAUUUACCUUGAGGGUGUAGCUAAGUUGGUUCCAUGGCGACAUGUUUGGCAUUUGAGAUGAAACAAAUGAUCUGAGUUUGAGACUUGUCAAUGGCAUUGUCGGGAGCUUCCCCCUACUUGUAGUUGCUUGGAGCCUUGCUAAUAGGUUCAUUUCCUUAGUUCCCUCUGUUGGAGAUAUACAUGUGGACACAACAAGUUAGAGACAUUAUUAAUAAGUACACAUGUCAAUUGGGUUACACACAAGGCUCAAUCCAAAAACAUGAAAUAAAUAGUAAAUUAUAC